AUGGAUGCUCGUCAGGUGUUGCAGAGCACCCUCGCGCCUGAUGCCGCCGAGCGUACUAAUGCCGAACAACAACUCGCACAUGCCGCGGAGGUAGACUUCGCGGCCUACCUUAUCACACUCGGUCAAGAGCUUGCCAAUGAGAGCAGCCCCGCUCACAUUCGUGUCGCUGCCGGUCUCGCCCUGAAGAACGCUUUCACUUUCCGGGAUCAGGCUAAACUGCGUGAGGUUCAGCUUCGAUGGGCCCAGAACAUCAACCCGGAGACCAAGACCCAGGUCAAGGAGCUUGCGCUCAAGACCCUGCACUCCGCAAACGUUCGCGCUGGAUCUGCCGCCGCCAACCUGAUUGUCUCCAUCGCCGCGAUCGAGCUGCCGCGCAAUGAAUGGCCCGAGUUGAUGGGCGUCCUUGUCCAGAAUGUCGGUAGCGGAAGCGACGCCCUGAAGCAGUCUUCCUUGACUACCAUCGGUUACAUUUGCGAGUCUCAAGAUCCAGAACUUCGUGCCAGCCUUACACAACACUCUAAUGCUAUUCUCACUGCUGUCGUGCAGGGUGCUCGGCGCGAGGAGCCGAACAUGGAGGUUCGUUUCGCCGCCAUCGCCGCCCUCAGUGAUGCCGUCGAUUUCGUGCGAACCAACAUGGACAACGAGGGAGAGCGUAACUACAUCAUGCAGGUCGUCUGUGAGGCUACCCAGGCCGAUGAGGUUCGCGUGCAGGCUGGUGCGUUCGGCUGUCUGAACCGCAUUAUGGGCUCUUACUACGAGAAGAUGCGCUUCUACAUGGAGAAGGCUCUCUUUGGCCUGAGCAUCAUGGGAAUGAAGAGCGAGGAGGAGGAAGUUGCCAAGCUCGCUAUUGAAUUCUGGUGCACCGUGUGUGAGGAGGAAAUCGCCAUCGAGGAUGACAACGCCGAGGCUCAACAAGAUGGUGUCGAGCCUCGUCCAUUCUUCGGCUUUGCCCGCGUCGCCACCCGUGAGGUUGUCCCCGUUCUGCUGCAAGCCAUGUGCCGACAAGACGAGGAUGCCGGCGAUGAUGAGUACAACGUGUCCCGCGCCGCUUACCAGGCCGUUCAGCUUUACGCCCAGUGUGUGCAGGGUGAAGUCCUCGCUCCCGUCGUGAGCUUUGUUGAAGAGAACAUUCGCAAUGAGGAUUGGCACCGUCGUGAUGCCGCCGUGGCCGCCUUCGGUGCCAUCAUGGAGGGCCCCGAGCCUUCUACUCUGGAGCCUCUGAUCAAGCAGGCUUUGUCCGUGCUUUUGGGCAUGAUGGAUGACGCAUCUAUCAGCGUCCGCGAUUCGACUGCCUACGCCCUGGGUCGCGUAUGCGACUGCUGCCCCGAGGUUCUGGACCCCGAGGUUCACCUUCAGCCCCUUAUCUCUUGCCUUUUCAACGGCCUCGCAAACUCCCCCAAGAUCGCCAGCUCUUGCUGCUGGGCUCUUAUGAACGUCGCAGACCGCUUUGCCGGUGACGAUGGCUCGCAGACUAACCCUCUGUCGAAGCACUUUGAGGACAGUGUGAAGUCCCUACUUUCAGUCACCGAGCGACAAGACGCCGACAACCAGCUCCGUACCGCCGGAUAUGAAGUUCUUAACUCAUUCGUCAUGAACUCCGCCAAUGACAGCUUGCCCAUGGUCGCCACUCUCUCAGACGUUAUCAUUCAGCGUCUUGAGCAGACCGUUCCCAUGCAGCAGCAGGUUGUCAGCCCCGAGGACCGCAUCCUUCUCGAGGAAAUGCAGACCAGUUUGAUCAGUGUUAUUCUGGCUAUUGUCCAGCGCUUCGAGGGCGAGAUCAAGCCCCAGGCCGACCGCAUCAUGCACGUUCUUCUCCAGGUUCUUACCACUCUCGGUGCCAAGUCCAGUGUUCCUGAUGUCGUCUUUGCCACAAUUGGUGCUAUCGCCAGCGCUCUUGAGGAUGACUUCAUCAAGUACAUGGACUCGUUCAGCCCCUUCCUUUGCAACGCCCUCGGCAACCAAGAAGAGCCCGGUCUCUGUGCCAUGGCCAUCGGUCUGGUCAGUGACAUUGCUCGUGCCUUGAACGAGAAGGUCCAGCCAUACUGUGACACCUUCAUGAACCUCUUGCUCAAGACCCUUUCGGCUUCUACCAACCAGCUCAAGCCCGCGAUCCUGGAGACCUUCGGUGACAUUGCUCAGGCCAUCGGAACCAAGUUCGACACCUACUUGGCGGUUGUUGGCCAAGUCCUGCAGCAGGCCUCUAGCGUCACCACCAGCUCCGACCUUCCCUACGAGAUGGUCGACUACAUUGUCUCUCUUCGCGAGGGUAUCAUGGAUGCUUGGGGUGGUAUCCUUCUGUCCUACAAGGGCACACCGUCCAUCACCCAGCUCCAGCCAUUCGUUGAAUCCAUCUUCCAGCUGCUUCACAUCAUCUCUACGGAGAGCAACCGCAGCGAAGGUCUCAUGCGUUCCGCCAUGGGUGUGAUUGGUGACCUUGCUGAUGCGUUCCCCAACGGUGAACUCGCCAACUACUUCCGCAACGACUGGGUCACUGCCCUUGUUCGGGAGACUCGCACAACCAGGCAAUACAGCGAACGCACCAUCGAGACCGCUCGUUGGACCCGUGAGCAGGUCAAGCGCCAGAUCAAUCUGGGUGCUGGCAUGUCGUAA